AUGCUGGCAUUCGCAGGCCUUGCUGUCGCUGGCUCGCUUGAACCCACCGCAACUCAAAGCGACUGCACAACGACAAUAACAGUACUCGAUCCCGGCUUCACUGGCGACUAUCAGCCAACGAGCACUAUCACAAUCUACAAUCAGACAGUUACCAUCGGAAAGCCUACAGACUGCCACGGCUGUGCCCACGUCACAACUACCGUGGAGCCGGCACCUUGGUGGGGUGGGAUCGGCCCGGAGAUCCAAAAGGUUAUCUAUGUCCACGCAACGGCACCGACUACAGUCACAUCACCUGUCUGUGCGACAUCAACAGCUACUCCUACGGUUGCCCCAUAG